AUGAACAGUUCUGAGCUUUCGCUAGAUAUUGAAUAUACAAAUGCUCUAGAUUCGCAGCUUGAUCGGACCAUACAUAACCUUGAAGAGAAAAAGGAGGUCAUAAAAACUCAAGUUGAUGUACUCCUGGGCAUACUAAAAGAGAUAAAAAAUGACAAGAACCAUCACACAUUCACCAUUGCGAUAGGUGGUGGAUAUUUUGUUGAAAAGUCUAAAUCACAAGCCCUAGAAUACUUGGAGUGCAGAAUUUCAGAUCUUGAGAACUCGUGCAAUACAUUCUCCGCCAAGGUUAAGGAAGCAUUGAUUACCAGAGAGAAUUUAAAAAAGUUUCAAACCUUUACUAAUGGCAAUUUUGAGUCUACAAACAAUAAGGUCGAAUUAAAUGAGGAGGGACUCCCUUUUAUGGAGAUCGAGGAGCAUUUAGAUGAAGAUGGUAGUAUUUUAAAGGCCCGUAUAAAUAAUCAAGAGGUAGAUCAAGAACAGCUAAUUGUACCAAACCAAGAAAUCACUGCAACAGCUCCAAAAGAGUCUGUUGAUAAAAAGGAUAAGCUAGGAAGGACUGUCAGUAUACUGACUGGUUCGAACUCAAUUGAACUCAUCCAAGAAGACAUCGAUGGCCCAUGGGAUAACCAAAAGAUUGAUCUGAUUGAGCCGCAACACGAUAAUGAAGAGCUUGCGCAGUUAUUCGAUGACAUGGAAAUAUCUAGCAGAUCGAUGAAUAAGAUCCCUGAAAAUUUGAGUCAAGAUGCAUUGUUGGACAAAAUUGACAGCUUGAAAAUUAGUCCUGAUGACAAAUUCAGAUUAAAGCAGAUUUGCAUCGACGCUUAUAGGAACAGUCAGCCAAACAAUGAUAACGAAAACUCGAAAGAUAAACCAAAAGAUAAAGAAAUUCUUCAAUCAACUACACUGUUACCGGAAUCAGUGGGAAAGAGAUCCGAACAUGUGGUCCUUGCGAAUACAAUUGUGGAGAAAAAUUUGGAGCAUGAAGACAAAAUUGACCAGGAUGAAGAGAAAUCAGCUAGAAUUUCCAACUCAAACCAAAUUUCUUUAGAUCAAGAUGAGAUAUUAGAGUUAGAGAUUUUAGUUGACGAGUUCGAACAAUCGGGGCAGUCCGCAAGUGACUUUGCUGACGAUGAGGAAUGGGAUUUCGAAUUUUCUGAUGAAGGAGAAGAUGAAGAUGAAGAUGAUCUUGCAGAUGACCUACUCUAUGGGGAAAGCAAGUCAUUUAUGAUUGGAGAUCAGAACAAGGAUCUUAACUCUAAGUUGUGGAGUCAGGUUAUGAAAAUGCGUCUAGAAAAAGCUGAGCUCGAUUCGAAGGAUAAAAAAGAAUUUGGAUCAACUCAAACGAAGGUUAACACCACAGACACAGAAAGUAGUAAAAAGUCGGUCAGAUUUGCAGAACAGUUGGAUAUCAAAGAAGUUGAGAACAUAAGUGGUUACCUAAAAGAGCCACAAGAAACUGCGAAACUCUCGUUGUUCAAGCAGGGUAGAAUUGCUGGUGGAAAUGCCACUUUCAAUCAAGAUUCAAUAGACGGAGUCGAACAAUCUCCGGUAAGUAACUUGGUUGUUGAAAGAAACGAGCCAACUGUGAUUACUCAGAAAUUUAACUUAUCUUCUAACCUGAAAGUAUUCGAUUCAAAAGACUUUAAAAAGAUUGAGAUUCCAAUUGCCGACUCUUCCAAUGUAGAACCAUUGGAUAGAUAUAAUCUUGUUCAACAGUCAAUUUUGGAGAAUGAGGACAAGAUUAAAACAAAGCCGCAUAAAGUCUCCCGUUUCAAGAUGUCCAAAAUUCAAAACAAUUCGGAGAAGAAGGAAGAUAAGAUUAAGGAAGUCAACACCGAUCCUUCUGUGUCGUACCUGAAUAAUACAAUUAAUGGAGAUAUUGUGGAAAAUGAGAUACCGUUAGGAUCUAUAGUCACUAGUUUCGAAAACACACUGAAAAGCAAAGUUGAUCAACUCCAAGAUAUCGAUCUGGAGCAAGUCAUAACAGAGAAGUUAGGUUUAUCUUUCGAGCAAAAUAGUUCCAAUGAGACUACAGGACAGCAAACCGAUCAAAAAGCUACUAAAGCAAACCUGUCUCCUAAUAAUAAGGAACUGGAAAUUGAAGUGAAAGAAGCCAUAGUAGAUUUUCAAAGUUUGCAAAGUGACAUGGAAACUAUGGCAAAGGCGUACGUUUUGGGGAUGUAUGAUGAUGAUAUUGAUACUGAAGGGCCAGUGGUUAAUGAAUUGAAAGACUUUGAAGUAUUGAACAAGAUGCUUGAAUCAAUGCCAGUCGUUGAAGAGGCAUCAAAGGUAAGGUCUCAAACUAAGAAUAAUCUGAUCGACAAGAAAUCUAAAAAUGAGGCUUUUGAUCCUCGCUUAGAUUUGAUUGAACGUCAAUACGAUGAUGAGGACGAAGAAGAGGAAAAUGAAAGUUACCUCAAUCAGAACUACAUUGAUGACCAGGAAGAAGAUGACGGCCCCAUUCUUGUGGACGAGAUUAUAGAAAAUGAUUUUGAAGUGGAUGCCGAAGACUUGGCCUUGUCCGUUGAAGACACAAUAGAUCAAGAAAUCUUCAAUCUGGAGGUAGCAAGUAACUAUCACAAGUUGAGGCAAAAAAUCGUAUUUGAACAAAAUAAGACUGGGUACAGAAAAACCGAACAAGAACUAGAAUUUGAGCCAAUUGAUGAAGAAGGUAAUCCAAUACGCAUCAGCAGAUUCAAAGCUGCCAAGAUGAGUCAGUAG